AUGUCAGCGGCUGGAGUUGUUGAUGACGAACUUGGCGCUGCCGAGGCAGAGCAGCAAACAGCAGCAGUAGCUGAAAUUGCCGCUUCCAGCAUACGCUCCGGUCUGGCCGAGUUGGAGUUGCGCUCAUCCCAGGUGCUGCAGCAAUUGGAAAAUGUCAAAACGGUGCCAGGCAAUUCAACAAAGGUGACGACCACAGCGGCUUCCAGUCCAAGCCACACCAGCAACAACAACAACAACAACAACAACAAUGUGAGUGAUGUGAGCGAGGAGGAAACAGAAAAGCAGCAGCUGCAGCAGCAGCAGACAUCCUCGGCGCUAUUAACGCAACUGCGACAGGAGCAUAGUGUGCCUUCGGAUAUAUUGAAGUCACUGGAGCAGCUGGUGGCUUACUCCGACAGCGAUGAUGAUCCAGAGUUUCCACUGCCAGCCCUAGACGAUGUCUCACACUUGGCGCUCAUUUCGCACAGCAUUGUUGCGUAUCUGUCGCAUUUGGAUCGGCAGCAUCUGCUGCGCGUGACGAACAGCAUCUCUGGCGAUGCCACACGCUGGCUGGGCACGCUCUUUCACUUUGCGAAUGCCGCCAGCAGCUUUCAUGCGGACAAUGCCGACGCCGUGCUGCGCACUGUGCGUUUGGCCAUCGUUGCACGCUGUCCCGGCUAUCUGGAGGGCGGCAUACCAGCGCUGGCGCAGCCCUGUUUCUACAUUUCGGAGAACACAACGCCGGUGCGACUGCAGUAUGCGUGCCGGCAGCUGGGCAUACCGCUGGACGCCAUUAAGGUCAUACCAGAGCAUAGCACAUAUGGCACCAUGGACUUGACGCAGCUGCAGAAGCAAGUGCAGCUGGAUCUCGGCUGCAGUCGCACGCCGCUGCUGGUGGUGGCGGACAUUGGUGCCUCGCUCUGCGGCUAUGUGGACAAUCUGCAGCGGCUGCGCGAUGUCUGCAAGGCGCACAACAUGUGGCUGCAUGCCAGUGGUCAUGGUCUGGCCGCGCUCGUUUGCGCCGGCGGCGGCGGCGAUGUGCAGGACGUGCUGCAUUCGAUGGCGCUGAAUUUGGGCAGCUGGCUGGGCGUGCCCAGUCUGCCGAUUGUGCUGCUGCAUCGUCCGCUGCAGAAUAGCGCGCUGAGUGCCUUUGAAUCCGAUCCGAUCCUCUCGCGCCGUCUCAACGCGCUGUCGCUGUGGACGAGUCUGCAGGCGCUUGGUCGCAAGGCCAUAGCCGAGCGACUGCAUGUGGCCUUCCAGACAUGCGGCAUUCUCUUCGAGAUUGCCUCCAAGUGCGAAGGCAUACGCGUGCUGAGUCACGCGCCGGGCGCUCAAACGGGCGCCGCGCUCUCGGACAUUAUCAAUAGCGCUUUUGAUGUCACCACUUUGUUUGAUGCAGCUGCUCCGGUUGUCGUUUAUCAGUUUGAUGGCAGCACUACCAUUCCGAUGCUUGCAGCAGGCGCUGGCGAACCUGCUGCUGAAGCAGCUGGUGGCUCCAGGCCGCUGGAGAAGCUCAACAAUGCCAGCUACUUCGAUAGGCUCAACUCCUGGCUGGGUCAAAUACUGCAGCGCGACUGUCCAAGCUUUGACUUUGAGGUCAUCGAGCAUCCAACGCAUGGCAGCUGCAUACGCUACUGUCCGCUGGAGUUGGGAUUGGGCGAGCAGCCGCCCAGCUCGGAGAAUCUGGAGAGAUUUGCGCAGAGCCUCGAAGCGCAUGUGGACAUUUUACGCGCCACCAUAAAGCACAAGGCGCGCUUUAUGUAUCUGGUGGAGCGCAGCGAGGUGCUGCGACUGGUGCCGCUGCCCGAGUGGGCGGGCAUGGGCGGUGUGCGCUUUGUGCCCGAGGGCUGGGAGUCGCUGCUCACAGAUCAGGCCAAAACGGAACUAAACAAGCUCAAUGUGGAUCUGGUGGAGGCGCUCAAGUCCACUGACAAUGCCUUCUCGCUGGGCGAGGGCACCGAUGGGCUAAUCUGUGUGCGCUUUGGCAUGGUCACGCACGAAACGGAGGUGGAGGAGCUGCUCGAUUUGGUCGUUAGCGUCGGCAAGAGCGUGCAGGAGAAUUCACGCGUGCUGGACACCAUGUCCGAGAUAGUGAAGAAGGGCAUUGAGGCGGCUACUGCGGAUCUGCAGCGUGAGUCUGAGGAGAAGCUGUGGCAGGAGGGCAUCUUGCGUCAUGUGCCCGUCGUGGGUCGCGUCUUCAACUGGUGGUCGCCGCCGGUUAAGGAGUCGGGCAUCAAGGGUCGCAGCUUGAAUCUUAAUCAAGGCGUCGUCGAGAGCACCGAGAAUAUUUACAAAUAUCACAUGCAAAUGUCUGGUGAAAAUGGCAGCCACCAGCUGCCGGCGAAUCGCUCACCGCCCACGCCCAUGAUACAAACCCCUGUAGCUGCUGCCGCUCCAGCUGCUGCUGCUGCUGCUCCGGUCUUUCCAACCGUUGAGCCUGUGCUGCCUGAAGGCUCCGACCCAGCAGCAGCGAUGCCAGCGGCGACUGCGACGCCAACUGCCAAUCAUGUGGACCAUGUGCGCAACAUUAGCCAGAGCAGCGCCAGCUCCAGCAUUGUGCCUGAACUCGUGGCCGUCAAUAGUGCAAUAAACAAUAAUUAAAACAAAUACUAAGUUAAACAAAUCUAGCGAAUGCUUCUCUGGUUAACAACGCGCGCGCGCCUUCCGCUCCAAACUCUUCUAAACUUAUCUAUAAAAACAACGCUCCAUACAACGAAAUCUAAAUCAAAAUCCAAACGCAGUUCUGUAAUUCCAAAGAGACGAAACAAGCGCCAGGAAGUUCCGGUUCCGGCCCAAAUGCUUACUCCAGCCUUAACUAUGGCAAACAUAUUCUAUAUUAACUAACUACUGUAUUAUUAUUUAAUCCAAGCAACACACACACGCACACGCAUACACACACAUAUUAAUUAAUCUUAAACUGUAACU